AUGCCUUCUGAUAUCCGGAGCUUCUUUGGGGGCAGCCGGAAGGUGGUGGAUGAUAGCGAUGAUAAUGAGGACGAUGCGCCUGUGAAGGCACCUACUCCCAAAGCCAAGCCAAAAGCUAAACCGAAGCUUGAAGAACCCAAGGGAGAACUUACGACAACCUCUGAUUAUUUCGCCUCCAGCAAGAAGCGAGGAAGGCCACCCAAGGCUGAGAUCGCCAAGGCCGAUCAAAGCCCCGUAAAAUCGCGAAAUGUGCCGCGUGCAUCGACCAAGAAGGCCACAAAAACUCUCGAUGAUGACGAAGGCCUUGGGGGAGACGACAUAUUUGCAUCGGAGUAUACAAAGAAGCAGGAUGAUGAUUACGUUGCAGCGGAUGACAGUGAUGAUGAUGACUUCGAAAUGCUCGAGGUCAAACCUGCAAUCACUUCAAAGAGGUCACAGAAAAAUCGGUCGAUCUUGGACGAAGAAGACGAUGUAGUGAUGGAGGAUCUUCCCAAAUCAGCACCAAAGCCUAACAGGGCAAGUCGGAAGCGCAAGUCGGAGGCUCUGAUUGACAAGGAUGAAGAUGAGGACUUUCAAGAAAAGAAGAAGCCAGCUGCCCGGUCAAAGGCCCCUGGGUCGCCAGUCGCCAAAAAACAGAAAUCAACACCCAAGAAGGAGAAAGACGCCCCAGUUGAGAACAAAGAGAUUCAGGCCAUUUUUGACAGCAUUCCAUCCGUUGAACCUCCAUCUCCUACUCCCGCCAGUGGCCCACCCAAGAAAUUCAAUCCUUAUGCUGCACAAGCAUCUCGUGACCCCCCAACCACAGGUACCGCCGAGCUGCCCACCGGUGCAGAGAACUGCUUGGCAGGGCUAUCGUUCGUAUUCACUGGUGUUUUGGAAACGCUCGGCCGUGAGGAAGGCCAGGCCUUGGUGAAAAGAUACGGGGGCAAAGUCACGGGAGCUCCCAGCUCCAAGACCAGCUACGUUGUUCUCGGCGGAGAUGCCGGUCCAAAGAAACUUGAAACGAUCGCCAAACACAAACUCAAGACUAUCGACGAAAAUGGUCUCUUUGAGCUCAUCCGACGUCUACCAGCCAAUGGCGGUUCUGGGGUAGCAGCUGAGAAAUAUGCAGAGAAACAAAAGGCCGAAGAGGAAAAGAUGAGGAAAGCGGCCGCUGAGAUCGAUGCAGAGGAGAAGAAACAGAGGGAAGCCAAAGCCAAGGCUGACUCGAAACUGAGCGGUGCUCCUCCCUCCUCUUCACCCUCCGCUUCGGCGGACGAUCAACUCUGGACCACCAAGUAUGCUCCUACUUCGCUUUCCAUGAUCUGUGGCAAUAAGGGUGCCGUUGAAAAGAUUCAGAAUUGGUUGCGCAACUGGCACAGAAAUGCCAAAUUAAAUUUCAAGAACGCUGGCAAAGAUGGCUCGGGGGUUUAUCGAACAAUUAUGAUUCACGGGCCUCCGGGUAUCGGAAAAACAACGGCAGCACAUCUUGUGGCUAAGCUAGAAGGUUUCGAUAUCGUCGAGACCAACGCUAGUGAUACAAGAAGUAAGAAGCUUGUUGAGAGCGGCACUCUGGACAUCCUAGAUACAACAUCUCUACAAGGCUAUUUCGCUGGCGAAGGCAAGAAGGUCGAGAGUGGAAAGAAGAAUCUUGUCUUGAUCAUGGACGAGGUUGACGGCAUGUCUGCUGGUGACCGUGGAGGUGUUGGGGCCGUGGCAGCAAUUGCUAAGAAGACGAAUAUACCAAUCAUUCUGCUCUGUAACGAGCGGAGGAGCCCCAAGAUGAAGCCUUUUGACCAUGUGACCUUUGACGUUCCCUUUCGACGCCCAACGGCCGACCAAAUUCGGGGCAGGUUGUCCACUAUCUGCUUCCGAGAAAAAAUCAAGAUCCCGCCCCCUGUGCUCGAUGCUCUCAUCGAAGGGACCCAUGCCGACAUUCGACAGCUCAUUAACAUGCUCUCUGCUGCCAAGCUUGACCGCUCAGACCUCGGAUUUGAUGAAGGUAAACAAAUGUCAAAGGCAUGGGAGAAGCACGUCAUCCUGAAGCCCUGGGACAUUACGAGUAAAAUUCUUAGCGCCCAGAUGUUCUCUCAGAGUUCUUCAUCGACACUUGAUGACAAGAUUCAGCUAUAUUUCAAUGAUCACGAGUUCAGUCACUUGAUGCUGCAGGAGAAUUACCUUCGAACAAACCCCAGCCUUGCUGCUAAAUACCAGGGGAAAGAGCGUAAGCUCAAGCUCCUUGAGUUGGCAGAUAAUGCAGCCUCUAGUUUCAGUGAUGGCGAUCUUGUUGAUCGCAUGAUUCAUGGGACCCAGCAGCAGUGGAGCCUCAUGCCUACACAUGCCAUCUUUAGUUUCGUGCGACCGGCCAGUUAUCAAUUCGGAAACAUGACCGAGCGUCCAGCAUUCACGAGCUGGCUUGGCCAAAAUAGUAAACAGGGUAUGCAAGAGCAUCCUAGCCCUAUUUUACAGUACUAUGUUUACUCACACAUUAUCUACCCAGGCAAAAUGUCACGUUACGUUAAGGAAAUCCAAGGACACAUGCGCCUUCGCACAUCGGGCAACCGUGACGAGAUCCGCCAACAGUACAUGCCGCUUGUUUGGGAGAAAUCGGUCAAGCGACUCAUGGAUGAAGGCAAGGACAGUGUCGAUGGAGUGAUUGACUUCAUGGAUGCCUACUACCUGACUCGAGACGAUUUUGAUGCGAUGAUUGAAUUAGGAGUGGGACCUAUGGAUCAAUCCAAUGUCAAGCUGGAGACACAGACAAAGGCUACUUUUACACGGCUGUACAACUCGCGCUCGCACCCACUUCCGUUCAUCAAGGCCAGUAAUGUUGUCGCCCCGAAGAAGGGACCCAAGGAGAAGCCAGACAUUGAAGAUGCAAUUGAGGAGUCCGACGAGGAAGAAGUCGUCGAAGAAAUCAAGGAAGAUGACGAAGAGGAAAUAGAUCUGAAGAAGGACAAGUACGUCAGCAUGCCAAAGAAGAAGAAGGCCCCCGCUGCAAAGGGCAAGAAGGGCAAGAAGGCUGCCGCAGAUGAUGAUUUUAUUGACGACGGCGAGGAGAAGCCAAAGAAGGGGCGGAAGGCCAAGGCCAAGGCUUAA